GCAUGCUCUGCGUGGGGCUGGCAUUGGAGCUAGCUUGCUCAGGGUUUCAGGGACUGACUUUGGGACAUGUGGAAAGUUUAUGGAUGUAUGGACCUUUGGGAUUUUAUGUAUUUCCGUGGGGUUUCCCCUACAACUCUGACCAUCGGAGGAGAGCCAGCUGGGGAGAAGGCUCGGAAGACAGAGUUGUCCGACACCGAUGUCAAUGCUUGCAUUCGCCCAGGGUCGCAGAAGGUGUCACUGUUUGAUGUCGACGAAGUUUCAGGGAACACCACCAAAUGUGUUUUGGAGAAAGAGUUCGGGCCAGACCAAAUUCUCUUCUGUCAAUGCGAUGUCACAUCUGAGGAGCAGUUCAAAGAUGCUUUCCAAAGGACCGUGCAGAAGUUUGGAGGGAUCAACAUUGUCUGUAACAAUGCUGGCAUCAGCAAUGAGACAGACUGGGAGAAAACCGUUGCCGUUAACCUGAAUGGUGUGAUCAGAGGGACCUACCUGGCCCUGAACCACAUGAAGAAGGAAAAUGGAGGCAGAGGGGGAGUCAUCAUCAACAUCGCCUCACUGGCAGGUAUUGGUCCUUUGCCUGCCUCCCCUGUCUACACGGCUAGUAAACAUGGAGUCAUGGGUUUCUGCAGAGCCAUGGCGAUGGCCUCAGAUGCUGCUGGCUAUGGCGUGAGAAUAAACGUGAUGUGUCCUGCAUAUGUGCGGACCGCUCUCCUAUCUGCUGCGAGUUCUCCAGAAUGUUCUGGAGACUUCUACAGCAUCAAGCACAUGAACAAGAAGUCUGUGGAGAUCUUUGGUAUUAUGGAGGUGUCAGACGUCGUGAAGGCGUUUGAGAGCCUGGUUCUGGAUGAGAGUCAGAAUGGAACGGCUGUCAUUGUGGACACACAUGGCUUUUACAACUUCAAGUUUCCCUCCACAGAGGAUAUACUACCAAGAAACACCACAGAGUAAUCCUGAUGAAUCAUUUGUGUGUGAGGCAUCAGGGAAGCCCAUUACACACACACACACACACACACACACACACACACACACACACACACACACACACACACACACACACACACACACACACACACACACCCUGAUCUUAGGAAAUCCUCAGAUGGUCUCGGAGGUCAUGCCAAAGAUUUUUUUAGUAGAUUAAGAUGAUUCAAACUCCGCCCACCCAAUGCAAAGGAGUGUGCUCAAGUUCGGUCUCCUAAAGGGGCGUUGUCCCCUCCUUCUUCGUCUUCUCCUUCUGUGGUAGUUUGGCGACGGUUUGGAUAAGAUGUGCUAUUCCGCCAUCUACAAUGCCAAGGGAACUCCAUUUAUUCAACUUCAAGCCUCCAAAGGUCUCCUAACCGCAGGUCUCCUAAAGGGGCGUUCACAUGACAUCACAUGGAUCCAGGAAAUACACAGGCUUGAGUCAUCUUACUCUACUCUACUCUCUGGUCAUGUCCUUCUGCCAUUUCCUCAUUGCCAAUCAGUAUGUAUUUAGCAAGACAGACGUUCCCCUUUCCUACCCAUCACCACCUCUGUCCACACUGCUGUGGUGGCUGAUAUAAGAGUCUGUUUGCUAGUUUCUUGUUUGUCUGCACAUAACAUUUAUAAACCUUUAUCACUUUAUUUAUGAAGCUUUUGAAUCUUUGAAUCUAUCCCAAAUGUUUACAAUGUUGUCUUGACUUUUUCUAGUUGUUUUAUUUUCAUGUUUACUCCCAUUUUAUGUCAGUGUAGUUCUGUGCCACUAUCUGUGUUCUUUAUGCCAUUUGCUGUGAAUGAGGGGAGAUGUCACCCCACCUUGAUAUAGGGGUGGGCGAUAUGACAACAUUAAACUGUGAAUUGUGAAAUCGAGUACAAGAUGGUCUAGAAUCUGCCAAAGUGGAGAAAUCGUAUAGAUUGUCUUGCAGUGAGGAUGUUUACCAUCAGUAUCAGAGUGAUGUCUACUAUUUGUUGUUGUCUUCUGCACUUGUAUUCUUUGCAUUACUGUAUUCCAACAGCCUGUUAACAUGUAAUUAAUUGCUAAUUACAAAUGGCAAGUAUAUAAAAUGCCUGUUUUUUUAUACUUUUUAUUUUUUUGAUGGAAGAUUGUGAAAAAUUAAAAUUUUAUAUAGCCUAUAAAAAAUGUGAUAUGACAUUGUGAUUUUGCCAAAUCACCCACCCCUACCUUGAUACAACCAGUUCUACAGGGUACCACCCACACUCUUAAUCCUAGUGAUGGUUACAUUAUCACACUUUUUGGUUGAUCGCUUUGUCCUUUGAAGUAUGUUCACAGACUGACUCCACAAAAGGUUUUGUAUCGAACAUUUUUUAAUUGAACAGGAUGGCAAGUUGUGUGCUUCUCUGUGCUGUUUUGUCAUGUGCACCAUGUUAAAUAUGUGUGUAUUAGAGGACUUUGAAUAAACCUGUUGCACCCAGAA